AUGGCCCUGGUCUCGAUUGCCACACGAAGGAAGCAGGCGUGUCACGGAUUAGAAGUACAAGCUUGCAAGAGGCGGGCUAACCUUGAAUACAGGGUAGCCCUGAUCAACCUCCUCAUUAGUCUUUUAUUCAGAUGGUACAUGACAGCGGCUGCCGCGGCGAAUCUGAAUGCGGUGAGGGAGACCAUGGACGUUCUGCUUGAGAUGUCAAGAAUUUUGAAUACUGGUUUAGAUAUGGAAACUUUAUCCAUUUGUGUACGGCUUUGUGAACAAGGAAUUAACCCAGAAGCUUUGUCAUCGGUUAUUAAGGAGCUUCUCAAGGCUACUGAAGCACUAAAGGCUGCUGAAAAUAUGACAAGCUGACUCUGGAGAAACUGAUGAGAAAUGUCAAGGUCUGCAAGAGUAUUUGAAGAUUGCUUUGUAGUCAAGAAGGUACAAUGAAAUUAUUGCAUGCAUCAAUGUAGAAAAAUUUCCCUUUUUAAAAGAAUUAUAAAACCAUAGCUUUAUAAAUCAGUGGAAAGUGGCUUACAGAGAGAACUAACAUCUGACUUUUUUUAAGAGCUAUGAUGCUUUGGCAUUGCUAUGUUCAUAUUUACGUAUUCCUUAUUUAUAGCUCUGAUAGCUUUAAUUUUCUAAGCAGUCAUCUGUUAGUUGUGCACAUCUGCCUGGUUGAAGUAUAGUGGAACCCAUCAGUAGUGAUGUGUAGUAGUUAUGACUUGUUGACAUUUCCAUUAUAAACUUUAAUUUUGAAUUGUUUAUGCAUGAAAACCGGAUUUAUGUUGUAUUGGCCUGGAAGUUGACAGCAUUUCAGCUACCAUUUGUGAAUUUUGAUUUAGAUUCAUUAUGUAUAUAAGAAUCUUGUUUUUUAAAAAUAAGA